AUGGAGCAUAUACCCUCGGUCUUCGACGACAGAACUCUCCUCAACGAGCUUCUUGUGAUUGAGAACCUGACCCACGCCAUCCCCUAUGACGAUCAAGGCUUCUGGGCCUUCCCACAGCGUCGGGGAUUCAGUUCCACAUGUAUAUCGCAAGGGUUGAUUGGUGGAAGUGUCGAUGUAUUGAUCACCCGAGGACCGACGACAUCUCAACUUCACACGCAAGCGAGCUCUUCCGAUCGUGCGGACGGUGGAGCUCAGACCAGUUCUCUUCAUACCGAUGAAUGCAAGGACUUCUCCGUCUACGCUUCACUCAUUCAGUCGUGGUUUUACUUUGGCAUGCUGCACGAAUGUCUGCUUCGCCCAGUGGCCGUCGACUCUUUUUUCAAAGCUGACGAUAGAGGACGGCAGGUCUUAAACACUGACCGCCUCCGCGACGAGGUUGAUGCAUGGGAAGAGCGCUUGGAAGAGAUGCCUGCCGAGCAAGCCAGGGAAUGCAUCGCAAACGGUGUCAAAUGCGUAUUGUGGGUCAAAAUCAAGGUAAGGGCAAUGUCGGACCGCAUUCAAGCAUUCAGCACCGAGUAUCUUCGGACCACCCCUGUUCCCGGGGAAUCAAGCCGGGUGCGAGAUCAUCCUGCCGUGGCCGCGAGGACUCGCAAAAUGAACUUCUGGCGUAAACACGGCAGAGAAAUCCUCCCCAACAGUCUGGAACUCGCCAUUGCAGUGCUGGGGUAUAGCCUCCAUCACGCCGCGCGGACGCUGUAUCUCCGCCUGGGUCUCGGUAGUGAAGACAGUCAUGAUUAUCCGCGACCGGCAUUCUGGUACAUCCCUCCGGAACUGAAAGAUCAUCUUACAGCUCGCGGCUUCUGCAAGCUUGACGUUUACAGGUUUCAGACCGAUUUGGGGAUUCUAGGUUCUUGCAUCGCGUUGACUCUUAAGCCUCUGAACGAGAGUAAAAGAAAAUAUAGGCACGACGCCUGCACGGAGACGCGAUGCGAUGCCGAUACCCUAGACCCGACGACCUACGAGAGAAAGCACGAGACAGAGGGAUGUCACUGUUCGGAACUUCUGCCCGAGCGGGCGUGGCGCGACAUGCUCGAUAUCGUUGAGGAUGGCGGCAUUCCUGUUGUCCGCUUGGGCCUCGCUUCGCUGUCCGCGGAUGGGGAUCAAGGGGGGUUAGAAUUCGAAGUGCUAGACGCUGUUCAAAACGGCCACCAUUUUGUUGCCUUCUCACACGUCUGGGCCGACGGGCGUGGAAACCUAGAAGGCAAUGCGCUCUUACGUUGUCAGUGGCUCCAGCUGCAGAGGUACGCGCAAGGGUGUCGUGUCGACACGGACCCUCCGCCACACGGUAAGCUCGCAGGAAUCAUGCCUUUCUGGUUUGACAUCUUCUGCGUCCCUCGAGGCCCAGGAGAUGACGAUCUCAUGUACAGGCUCCGAACUAAGGCGAUCCUACGCAUGUCGGAGAUCUAUCGGAGUGCGGCGGUGGUCCUAAUUGUAGACUCGGGGCUCGAGCCGAUCGACAGGGAACCGAGUCUGCAGGAAUUUGGGAUGCGAUUGACGUUGUCUAGCUGGUUACAUCGCCUGUGGACCAUGCAUGAGGGCGCCGUCGCUGAAAAUGUCAAGGUACAGACUGCCGCGGGGUUGGUUGACCUGCAGGUUCUUUCAAAACGCUUUAAUGAUCUCAUAGCGCUCGCCAAAUCGCCGGCCCGAGGAAAUGCGGCAAGGAAAGGGCAUGUCUUUGACGCCUUGGGCCUAGUGGAGUGCGCUUCUGUGUGGGAUAAUUGUCUCGGCGUGCUGCAAAGAAUGCGCGGUGCUUGCGGGGCGCAAUUUCGGUUCAUGUUCUCGUGGAACGAGGCUGGGCGAAGAUCCACGACCUUCAGUACAGACCGAUGCCUGGUGAUUGGGUUAAUCAACGACGUCGACUCUGACACGCUGGCGGCUAUUCAACGUACGAGUGUUGAUUCUAGUGCGACCGAGAGUGAAGUUAGCCGCCUCUCAAGACAGAAACUUAAAGUGCUGCUCGCAGCCAUUCCACACUUGCCUUCCAGUAUGGUUUUCUGCGAAGGCGAACGAUUUCCCGAACGGGGAAUGCGCUGGGCUCCGGCAGAUCUGGACAGCGGGGGAGACACAAUGAUUGUGUACGACCAGAGACACCCUGCCUCGUUGAAGCCGGGACGUGGACUUUUGAUCUCUUACCGAGGCUGGCGACUCGAGACGAGGCCUGACUUCUCCAGAAGAUACGUCAUCGACCAAGGCGGCACCAGGGAAUGCUCAUCCCCAGAAGAGAAGGGCACCUGCAUUUUUUAUCUGAAGCUCGACUGCGACAGUUCCAACGACACCAUGUAUGCUCUCAACGUCGACCCUCUUGACUGGAGCUUUACGCCGUUUGCCAGGCCGAAUACCCAACUGUUCCUGGUGGUUCAGGAAAGGUACGGUGGUGAACAGCACGAGCGUGUGAUCCUCCUCGAACAGGAAGGUGCAGAAGACGACGCGGACCAAGCGGUCACAGAGGGAAGAGAGGAGUCUGAUGUGAUUCAUGCAAACUACCAUGUCUUGCUAUGGUGUUCAAAGUAUGAAUUCGGUCCGAGUGUGAAGAGGAUGAAGCAAAACGUCGCGCAUGGCAAGUUCCAAGUCGCCAAUGCUAGCUGGGUCAAUGGCGGGCGGGAACAGCGCUGGUGCAUUGGAUAA